AUGGCUGUUCUCCCCGGCGUUCCUGGCAUUGAUGUCAGGAUUGUCGUCAAUGGCGUUCCCACUGAGGAAUGGCCGUUUGAAGAGAACAAAAAGAGAGAAGUUGACGAGGAGGACGCCAAAGCGAACGAGCAAAAACUCGGUCACGUUAGAUCGGAAGACCCUCAGCUUCCUACCAGCAGCAAUUAUAUCCAGUCAAAGUCGGGCUGUCGAUUCUGGGUCCGCGCGACUCUGAGCGAUGAUUUUGAAACCAGUAAAAUGCCUCCUGGGGCCGACGGAAUUGCUUUUCAGAUCUACAUUGACGGGGUGAUCUUUGGCACCGGUUUCUCUCUCGGGACCCGUUCGACCCGAAACUGGGACUGUGCGUUCGUCAAGUCAGAUGAUGGCAUCAUGAAGCGCCAUUACCCGGUAUUCUCGGAUUUUGUUUCUGUGGAAGACACAGACAAUGACAAGAUCAAUGCAGACAUGGCGCGUGUUAGAGAAAUGGGAACUAUCCACAUUUGGGUUUUAACUGUCAAGUUGAAUCAACCGCGCACCCUCACUGCGCAAACUCGUGACCGCCCUGACAUGGAAAUGGCCUACAAGGCUGAGGAUAUCGAGGACUCUGACAGUCGGAUGGCAGCAUACUUACCUAGCCUUCUCGGCAGACUAGGCAACUUCAUUUUCAGAUACAGUGCCAAUCCCCCUGGAAAGGUAAAGAAGGGUGAACCGGAGUUAUGCAUCCCGAUAAAGAGGAAGUAUGAGGAGGUGAAGAUGCCGGACGGCAGAUCUGUGCUGGAUCUCACUGGCGACGAUGACGAAUAA